CGGUGACAGAUUAAGCAAUGUUUUAUGUAUUUGGAGCACAAAGGCGUUCUUUGGGUUUUCAGACCGAGAGAUAGUGAGAGAGAGGAAAGAGAGAGAAAAUGGGGUGGAUCGGAGACGCAGUCGAUUCCAUCAAAUCGCUACAUAUAAGACAAGUCUUCUCUCAAGCCAUUAGUCUCGGUAUGAUCGUUACAUCAGCACUGAUAAUAUGGAAAGGAUUAAUGUGUGUAACUGGUAGUGAAUCACCUGUUGUUGUUGUGCUUUCUGGAAGUAUGGAACCUGGCUUCAAAAGAGGUGACAUUUUGUUCUUGCAUAUGAGCAAGGAUCCUAUUCGUGCUGGAGAAAUUGUUGUGUUUAAUGUCGAUGGACGCAAAAUUCCAAUUGUCCAUCGAGUAAUUAAGGUUCAUGAGCAUGAGGAUACUGGAGAAGUUGAUGUUCUAACAAAAGGGGAUAAUAAUUUUGGGGAUGACAGGCUUCUGUAUGCUCAUGGCCAGCUCUGGUUGCAUCGACACCAUAUCAUGGGGAGAGCUGUCGGGUUCUUACCUUACGUUGGUUGGGUUACAAUUAUCAUGACUGAGAAACCUAUCAUCAAGUAUCUGCUUAUAGGUGCCCUUGGACUGUUGGUCAUUACUUCAAAGGAGUAGGAAAUCAGCAUGGCCAUCAGAUUUGUCAUCUCCCUGUUUCCAUUGAUCCAGCCUCAUAAAUUCGCCUCAUUGCCUUCAGAUCUACCUUUGGCCAUCAAUGUUGGCAUCAUCUCUCCCUCUUUUCGAUCUUCCAAAUCUGUUGUUUGGCUAGCGUCUAAACUUUCACUUUCGCGCUUAAAACUUUAAAAUCUAGUUUUAGAUUUUCUCACAA